AUGGCUGCGAUGAGGACUUUAACCGCGGCGGGUCUCUUCCUGGCGUUCUGCGCUCUGGGGCUGAUCGCAGUGGCGAUCGGCACCGACAACUGGUACGAGACGGACGCGAGGCGGCACCGAGAGCGCUGCAAGAAUUACUCGAACAAAAGGAACGACCCCGGUUACAUCUACAUCUCCAACAACAACCUCCCGCUCCGCAUGCUGCCCAAGGAGAAGAGCGUGGAGAGGAAGGGCUCCGGCGUCGGCGGCGAGAUGCUGCUGCGGGCCAAGCGGCACUUCUUGCCUCCCGCCUCGGCCAUGGAGUCGCUCUGCAGUCGGCAAUUCAACUCCACCAUCACGGGACUGUGGAGAAAGUGUCACCGGGAGGGGUUCGACUUGGAGACGGAGGAUUUGAUCUUUAAAGGAUUGGUUCCGCGCUGCACGCCAAUAAAAUACUACUACUCAUCCUCAACGCUGCCGAGGAACCUGCCAAUCAAUCUGACCAAGACAAUAAGGCAGGAUGAGUGGCACGCGCUCCACCUGCAGAGGAUGACUGCCAGCUUCGUAGGCAUGGCCAUAUCCAUCAUCCUGUUCGGCUGGAUCAUAGGCGUGCUGGGCUGCUGUAAGGAGCAUGAUCUGAUGCAGUAUGUCGCUGGACUUCUCUUUCUCAUGGGAGGGACGUGCUGCAUAAUCUCUCUUUGCACAUGUGUGGCCGGGAUCAACUUCGAGCUGUCCCGCUAUCCCCGCUACAUGUUUGGCAUACCAGAGGACAUCAGCCACGGUUACGGCUGGUCCAUGUUCUGUGCGUGGGGAGGACUGGGCCUCACACUGCUGGCUGGUUUCCUGUGCACACUCGCCCCUUCCCUCUACCCUCCACAAACCCCUGUGGUGCACAAGCCCAGGCAGGAGAAUGGCAGCGUGUGA